UUGUUUAUCGAUUUUAAGCUGGGCUGUGUGUAUUAAUAAAGUUUUACCCCCAACUAUUUUUUUGUGAUCUUAUGAUCUAUAUUUCACUUAAUUCUUGGCGUUUCUCUUCAAGUAGUUUUUGACAGAGUUUCGUUUAUAGUCUUUCCUUCUGUAUCAUAGGAAAAAAAAUCUGAUCUAUACAUUGAAACUAGAUUUUGCUUUAUUCGUGACUACCAUUCACACGGACUGACCAUAGAUUUGAUUUCGGAGUCUGGAUUCUUUACAUUUCUUCUGAAUCUUUUUCCACCGUGUAAAAUAUUUCACCGAUUAUUCUGAUUUUGAGCCAGUCCGCACCAUAUGCAUGUGUAUCGGGUUGAUGGAUGGUUGAAGAAAAGGUACAAUAUUUAGGUGGGGUUGUUUGAUUUUGAUCUUAAGAGGUGGUAUUAGUGGUGGUGGGGUUGGGGACCUUUGUUGAGAGAGGCCUUAGGCUACUGUUAUGCUGAAGGGUAAGUAUGAUGAGAUAAGGCCUUGUUUUGGAGAUAAAAUAAGUUCUUGUGACUGUUUCCUAGACAGCACAAGAAGGAAGAAAAAGGCUGUUGGCAGAUGUUAUCCAUUGAAAACCCUCCACCAGAUCCCCAGUGUCCUUGUGAAAUCUCACAACUGAACAGCAGUGACAGUCAUGAGAGGCCUUCUGAUAAUAAGCAGCAGCUUGGGUUAGAUCUGUCCAGAUUCUCCAUAAGGGAUUAUGUUUUCAAAACCCGGAGCAAGGAUAUCAAGACUAAUUGGCCAUUUUCUCCGAAAAAUUUGCAGCUUUGUUUGAAACAUGGCGUGACCAAUCUGUUGCCACCUUUUCAGUCUCUCGAUUAUGCAAGAUACUCAUCAACUGAAAAAUGUGAUGUUGGAAGCGUUACCAGUGACAAAGAAAGUAUAAGCAAUCCCGAUGGGAAGCUCUCCUGUUCAAGUGAUCAUGCUGCGUCUGUCUCUUAUAACAAUAUUGGGCAUGGCCAUAAGCUAAGUGCGGACUGUGGAGAUAUUAAUGAAACUGGAUCUCCAGAAGAGAGAGAAUUUCCGUCAACCAUAACGAGUCAUUCCUGUUCUGAAAGAGAUACAGUUCCCACGAUACAAAGCACUUGUUUGGAAGCAGAAGGGAAAAAAUUCGCAGGUCCUUUGACCGAGAAGCCAGUAUCAUCCAACAAGAGCGAAAAUACGAUCAAAGAAACUGUAAAGAAGUGCAGAUUGAUUGUGAAAUUGAGCAACAUUGCUGACCUAAGGUUGCAAGAAGAUACGGGUGCAAACACUUCAGUGGUGUCAGAAACAAUGGCUUCAAAAGUGUGCCCAGUAUGCAAGAGCUUUUCAUCUUCGUCUAACACCACUUUAAAUGCCCACAUUGAUCAAUGUCUUUCUGGGGAGUCAGCGAUCAAGUGCACAGAAAAUCCUAAGGUGAUUAAGCAUAGAAUAAAGCCAAAAAAGUCAAGAUUGAUAGUAGAUGUAUAUGCAACGGCCAAACACUUUACAUUGGAGGAUCUUGACAGAAGAAAUGGUACAAACUGGGCCUCAAACAUGGGUUUUCCAGCUCCAAAUAUGGAGAUGUCUGUUGAAGAGAAGGAUGAGACACCAUCGCCUACUGAUGUUGAGGACAUCAAUGAUGAUGCUGCAGUCUACAUUGACUCCAAUGGCACAAAACUUCGUAUUCUAUCAAAGUUCAAUGUUCUGCAAUCAAACUCAAAUGCUGAUGAUGAUUGUAGACCAAGGAAACUUGAGAAACGAGAUAAAGAAAGCAAAUUUUCAUCGAGUAAGAAAAGAAAUCUCAUUAAGAAACACAAGCUCAUGAAAUGUGCUCCCCAUGGCCAAAAUAGCUGCUUUCCGAGGCACAAUCAAUGUCACGAGAUUGACGAUAGGGAACAAAGAAACAUUUCUCCUGAAGAAAGUUGUGAGAAAGACGGAUUCCUGACACAACCCUUGGAAACUCGUGAUCAGAUGAAACUAAAUAAUUUUGGGAUGAUGAGACAGUGGGUAGGCUCCAAGCGAACCGGUCUAAUGAAAAAGAUCAACGGUGGAAAUCAGCAUUCAGAUAAAGCUGUUACCAAGGACUUGAGAGUAAAAAGCCAUCAGUCUUCACUAGCUGACCCUUUUCUGAAGAGAACUAGUAGUUUGAGUUCGGCAAUUUUAUCUGAUCAGAAUCCACAAUCACCUCCUGAAAGCAGCAAAAGACAGGAGAAUUUGUCUCUUUUAUCACAUGAUGGAUGCAAGGAUCCUUCUUCGAGAAAGAGGGCAGAAAUUUCCUUGGCAGAUUCUCAAAGCUGUCACAACGAAAAGAAGAAACGUCUUAUGUUAUCUAAGUGCAGCGUGAAGCAGUUGAGGAAAGAUAGCCCAUCCGUUCUUUAUCGUACAAUGGAUCCUCCAAAUUGUAGAGUGAAUCAUGUACCACCUCAGAGUAACAAGAGAAAAGAGGUGCUCAAUCCUGCUAAAGAUUCACGUAGUUCUUUUAUCAACUCAAGAUCGUCCCAACAUCAUGCAUAUUCAUCUGGGGGUAAGAAAUUUUCAUCUUUAAGGAAUAUUUCCCUGGAUCAUGCAUUCUCAUCUAGAGGCAGAAAAUUUUCGUCUUUGAGGAAGAAUGAGUUGUCUGUCAGCGAAGCUUCUAUUCCUGAUCAGUAUAGGAAAAAAUUGAGGAGAAAAUUUUUGGACCUGAAGAAGCCUUGGGUGCAUUACAUGUCAGGAUCAGAUGAAGAAGCCCUGGCACCCCAAUCCACAAUUGUUAGGCGACAUCACAUGGUAGAUCAAUGUAAAAAUUCUACUCAGUUAGAACCAACUGAUGAGCUAUUUGUUGAUGGAACUAGGGUCUUGAAAAUUCGAAAGAAGAGAGAGGCACUUAUGGUCUGUAGGAAGGAGGAAACCAGGCCUUUGAAAAGAUCACAGCACUCUAGCCAGGUUGGGAAGAAGAUUGAUUCUUUUACUAGUGAAAGUGUUCCACCUCUUACACCCGAUGACAUGAAAUCUUCUGGAAAAGAGGUUGAGAUUUCGGACGACAUUGUGUGUGAGCCAAUCCCUGACAUGGCUGAUGGGGGAACUUUUAUGGUUUUUAGCAAAUCAUUGGAUCCUGCAUUCCCUGUGCUUGCGGGUACUUCUAAUGUGCAAGGUCUGUCACAGCAGUAUCUUGAAGCAAACAAGGAACCUUUUCUAGAUAAGCCAAUAUUGGGAGGUGAAGAGAUGUUUUGUGGGGAUGAAGUGGGGAAACUUAUCAUCACUCACAAUGUCCACACGGUGGCAGAGUUGGAUACUAAUGAAGAACCAGGAAAUUACUUUGAGGAUGUUGAUCCGAUACCUAUUCCUGGACCACCUGGAUCCUUUUUGCCUAGUCCUGGGCAUAUGGGCUCAGAAGAUCUUCAUGGAAAUUCAUCAUUAACUACCUGCAGGGUUCAAUCUUCUGAAGAUGAGCAUGAAUUAAUUGAUAUGGAUUCAUCAGAUUCUCCUGUUUCUGCCGUCUCAGCUAUAUGCAACUCCAUCGCUACAAGAUCUUAUUCUGUAUCCUUGGAGAAGUCUUUAGAACCUGAUCAUGGUGUUCAACCUGAGACUAGAUCUAGCUUCUCCCGUGCUAGCAUUGAUCCUGUGGUUGAAAGUUCCAGUCCUUUUGAGCAGGCAGCAAGUGCAGGAGAAGGAAACCUCAACCUGGAUCAGUCAAGGACUGAUUUGAUGUUUGCCGAAUCGAGUCCUCCCAGAUUCAAAAACAGUCGGCCAUGCUGUUGCUCUAGGAAGGAGGGAGCUUUAUCGGGUGUUGCUUUAAACAAUCAAGAAUCACAACUUUCACGGAGGAGAACUAUGUCUUCACUUGCACUUCCUGCCGUAGAAAAGCAAAUGGGUGGUUUUGCAAAGAGAACGUGUGAAAGUCUCAACUCGAGGUCAGAAAUAUUCUCUAUGAGCAAGUCAAGUUCAGAACCCGAAGAAAAUAUUGCAAAAUCAUCCGCAGGGCAUAUGCCUAUGCAGUUUAUAAAUUCUGAGGUUAAGUCCCCAACCUGUGAUGAUUACGAGUCUGCUACACCUUCUAUUUCUACUCCCGUUCUUAGACUCAUGGGAAAAAACUUGGUGGUAAACAAAGACAAAGAUGUGUGUGCUGAAACAGGGCCUGCCCCCUCAAGUAUCAUGAAUGACCAUGUACAUCCAUUAUCUAGGGUUGAUAAUGGUGUAACGUCUAAGAAGAUUCACAAUGAGGACCAUUCAUUGCGUCAUCAUACGGUUUCUCAAGUUCCCAUCACCUUUGACCAUUUGCAUUUUGAUGUCAGUUCGUCAAAUGGUUCUGUAAACCACAGCAAUCGCCGGACACAACUAUUGUCUCCUCGUCCAUUGAUGCCCAUGCUUUCAAAUAAGAAUAUUGGUUGGAGUUUCCCAUCAUCGAUGGGGUGUCGUGAAUGCAAGGGCGGGUGCAACUUGACCCAUGAACAAGUGGGAUCCAGGAUUAGAGUGGGUACUCCAAUAACCGAUGAUAACGAGAAAGUGCGUACUUCUUCUGUCACCAAUCAGAGUGUAGAUCCUUGCUGCAGGGCCAGAACAGAAAUAAUUGUUAUUGAUGAUGCACCAGAGAGUGAAGCUGUUUCCGUAAUUAAAUCAACAUGUAAUGAGGGAAAUACGAAAGUUGGGGGAUCCACAGUUGGGAUUCUGGCAUCAAUGGGAGAUUCAAGGCAUCUGAAUCCUCUAUAUCAUCAUCUACCACAGGGAUACUCUUUGUGUCGUGGAUCUCCAAUUGUUCAGAGUGCAAGUUUUCAAGUGCCAACCUCCAAGGUAACGAGUGCAAGUCCAGUUAAAUGGAAUGGCACCCCUGGGGGUUCAAGUGCAUUGCAUUCAAAUUCGAUAACAGCUUCAUCAACCUGCAAAGAUCACGUUAGUUCUACGCUGUAUUCUUCCCCUCACUUUUCAUGAUCAACAGGUAUUACUUGGCAGGGGUCACUGCACGUACUGGGAUUUGCAUCGAGAAUAUUCUGGGACAUCUCUACGUGUUCCCGGCCAAAUGACUGCCAAAACAUGGGUGCUCAAAGUCGAAUCAAAUGACAUACAUAAAAUAUAGUCUGACAAAGGAGAACAAGCAUAAGUUGCGCAGAUGAGUUUUAAAUUUAGUUUCCCUUGUUAACCUUUCUACUUAUACUUCAAUAUAGAAGCACUGUAAGUAUGAUAGUUUUAAAACCGUUUUUAAGGCUUUUUUCUUAUAUAAGCGCAAAAACUUACCUGGAGGCUUCAACAACGAGUUACCAUUAUGCUUGGAAAUUUGAUUUCUUAGCGACUUAAAGCUUAGAAACCUCGGCAUUUAGAAUUGUCGUUGAGCUUGUCUUUAUAGAUAAUGAACUUGGGAUUAGCAUUCUUCUUUA